UGGUGAGAAACCCUUCUUGUGUGGGGAGUGUGGGUACAGGACGGCUGACAGGUCUACCUUAUCCCGGCACAUGAGAACCCAUACAGGAGAAAACCCCUACAAGUGUGACCGGUGUGGCUAUUCUGCAGCAGUGAAAUGCAAUCUAGACAAUCAUAUAGCAGCAAUACACACCGAUGAGAAACCCUACAAGUGUGACCAGUGUGACUAUUCUGUAGCACUCAAAUCCCACUUGGACAGACACCUAAGAAAACACACCGGUGAGAAACCCUACAUGUGUGGGGAGUGUGGGUACAUGACAGCUUACAAGUCUGACUUAUCCAAACAUAUAAGAACCCAUACAGGAGAGAAACCAUACAAGUGUGAUCAGUGUGACUAUUCUGCAGCAGACAACACCACAUUGACCAAUCAUCAAAAAAAGCACACGGGUGAGAAACCCUACAUGUGUGGGGAGUGUGGUUUUAGAACAACUCGAAAGUCUAUAUUGUCGGCACAUGUGAGAACCCACACAGGGGAAAGGCCGUACAAGUGUGACCAGUGUGACUAUUCUGCUGGACAGAAAUGUGAUUUGGACAAACAUGUAGUAAAACACACCGGUGAGAAACCCUACAUGUGUGGGGAAUGUGGAUACAGAACAGCUCGAAAGUCUGACUUAUCCAAACAUAUGAGAACCCAUACAGGGGAAAAACCUUACAAGUGCUACCAAUGUGACUAUUCUGCACCACAGAAAAAUCACCUGGACCUACAUCUAUUAAAACACACUGAUGAGAAACCCUACAUGUGUGGGGAGUGUGGGUACAGGACAGCUUUGAAGACUAAUUUGUCCCGACAUAUGAGAACACACACGGGAGAGAAACCCUACAAGUGCGACCAGUGUGACUAUUCUGCUGCACAGAAAGAUACCUUGGACGCCCAUGUAGCAACCCACACUGGUGAGAAACCCUACACGUGUGAAGAGUGCGGGCACAGUACAACUACAAAGUCUCAUUUAUCCCGACAUAUGAGAACCCACACAGGAGAAAAACCCUACAAGUGUGACCAGUGUGACUAUUCUGCUGCAGUUAAAUCCAGUUUGGACCAACAUUUAGCCAAACACACUGGGAGAAGAGCGCUACAAAUGUGGCCAGUGUGA